CUAUUGCAUCCACCCGAUCUCAAUCUCAAUUUUUUGAACAUAUCCUCUACUUUCCUGCAGUCAUGACUCAUGACUUGCUCCACAUGAUAUCACAGAUUGUUUUUUCUUAAUAUAUCAAGAUUUGAUGACAUAAGUCCUUAAAAAGCUCUAGUCUUGUUUAUGCUCAUUGAUAUCUCACUCUCAUCACAUGUUUACAUCUGUUUCUCCAUCACUAUGAAUCACUUCUUCAAGAACUCGUUGACUCGCUUCAUUUGCAGCUUAAAUCACUUCCAAUUUUCUUUCACUCAAAGCUCUCGCAAAUUCUCUCACUUUUCUGAGCCAGAAUCAUGGAGAUCAAUGGAGGGUCUGAUUCGUUGCUCAGCAAAUUACGUUCCUUUGACUCCCAUAAGCUUCUUGGAGCGAGCAGCAAAGGCUUACAGAGACACAACCUCUGUUGUGUAUGGUUCUGUGAAGUAUACUUGGGGGGACACGCAUGAACGGUGUCUGAAUCUAGCUUCUGCUCUGACCCAGUUGGGAAUUUCCCGUGGAGAUGUGGUUGCAAUCCUGGCUCCUAAUGUCCCAGCAAUGCAUGAGCUUCAUUUUGCAGUUCCAAUGGCAGGAGCUCUUCUCUGUACACUUAAUACACGCCAUGAUUCAGCGAUGUUGUCAAUCCUACUACGACAUUCAGAAGCCAAGAUCAUAUUUGUAGACUACCAGUUACUUGAUAUUGCUAAUGGAGCACUCAAGCUUCUUGCCAAGACAGAAAAAAAGCCACCAAUCUUUGUCGUAAUAGCUGAAUCUGAUGGCUCAUUACCCACUGAUCACCACAUUACUUCUGAAACUUAUGAAUAUGAGAGUCUCCUGGCAAAUGGGCACAACGGAUUUGAGAUAAGACGACCAAAUAGCGAAUGGGAUCCUAUUAGUGUAAAUUACACUUCUGGCACAACAUCUAGACCAAAAGGAGUGGUGUAUAGUCACAGAGGUGCCUACCUCAAUACUCUGGCAACAAUUCUUCUACAUGGGAUUGGCUCAAUGCCGGUUUACCUUUGGACUGUGCCUAUGUUUCAUUGCAAUGGGUGGUGCCUCAUUUGGGGAUUGGCAGCUCAAGGUGGCACCAAUAUAUGCCUCAGAAAAGUUACUCCAAAGGAUAUAUUUGAUAACAUUGCUCUGCAUAAUGUCACAAACAUGGGAGGGGCACCAACUGUCCUAAACAUGAUUGUAAAUUCACCAAUCAGUGAUCGAAAGCCGCUUCCUCACAAGGUGGAAGUAAUGACAGGAGGUUCACCACCGCCUCCACAGAUUCUUUCCAAAAUGGAAGAAUUGGGUUUUGGUGUGUCUCACUUAUAUGGCCUAACAGAAACAUACGGUCCUGGAACUUCUUGCAUAUGGAAACCUGAAUGGGAUUCUCUACCUCUUGAUAAACGAUACAAACUAAAAGCUCGACAAGGAGUGCAACAUCCUGGAUUGGAGGAGGUAGAUGUGAAAGAUCCUGUUACAAUGGCAAGUGUACCAGCUGAUGGUAAAACUAUGGGGGAGAUCAUGUUUAGAGGAAACACAGUAAUGAGUGGAUACUUGAAAGAUUUGAAAGCAACCGAAGAAGCAUUCAGUGGUGGCUGGUUUCGAAGUGGGGAUUUAGCUGUGAAACAUCCUGAUAAUUAUAUAGAAGUAAAGGACCGAUCGAAGGAUAUAAUAAUUUCUGGUGGGGAAAACAUAAGCACAGUUGAGGUGGAAACGGUUUUGUUUGGUCAUCCAGCAGUUCUUGAGGCUGCAGUGGUUGCAAGGCCAGAUAAUCAUUGGGGCCAAACUCCUUGUGCCUUUGUGAAGUUAAAGGAAGGAUAUGAUGUUGAUUCCCAAGAAAUAAUCAAGUUUUGUAGGGAUCAUUUACCACAUUAUAUGGCUCCUCGAACUGUCAUUUUUGAGGAUUUGCCAAAAACUUCAACUGGAAAGACACAAAAGUUUAUUCUGAGAGAGAAAGCAAAGGCUCUGGGAAGCCUUUCUUGACCAAAACGUAGUUUUGCAAUUGUUGAAGCAUGUUAAUCUCCUCGGAAUGUAAAUUUUCAUUCUUUGUUCUAUAAUAAUUGCAAGAAAUUUCUCUUUUA